UUCGUUUCAUUGCUUAUUAGCUUUCCAGCUUGGAUUGAAAAGUAUACUGGUAGUGCCGACUUGCUUAUCGGCAAUUCAGUCCUCCAAUCUAUCUUGAUCACUUUUGCAAUGGUGCAAGAAGCGAACGACAUCCAUGACUCUGUCUAUCAGAAAAAUGCCAGUAAUGUCGUCGUCAUCAAGGUAGAUGAAGAGGCGGAUCUGGCACAGUAUGGUCUCAGAAGAGGAAUAGACGGCUUGGUCAUCUGGCAAAGCGAUUGCAAAACGCAUCCAAGGAAUUGGUCGACGAAAAGAAAGACUUUUGACACAACAGUCAUAAUCCUGUUUGAACUGUACACGACUAUUAUAAGUACCACUGGAUCCGUCGCCGCAGCGGAAGCUGCAUCCGAGUAUGGAUUUAGUCGACAAGAAUCCCUGGUUGGAUUCACUCUAAUGUAUCAACUUGGCCAAGCACUUGGGGGUUUUCUCAUUCCUCCGUUAUCCGAGAUUUUGGGUCGCCGUAUGUUAUAUCUUGUUUCUUGCGCUGCCUUCAGCGUAUUCAGUCUCAUUACCGGCGUUGUAAGAUCUCCGGGAUCAGUCUACAUCGGCCGUUUUGUAGCUGGCCUUGCUUCUGCUGUUCCGUCCGUCGUGAUUGCCGGCAGUGUUGAGGAUAUCUUUAAUACGCGGCGAAGAGUAUGGAUCAUCGUUCUCUGGAAUGCGGGUACAACCAUCGGCUUGUGCUUCGGGCCCAUCUACGCUGCCUAUAUCUCGGAGGCUGCAGGAUGGCAAUGGAUAUAUAAUAGCGCUGCUAUUGUUACGGCAGCACUAUUUGUGGCACUCUUCGGAGUCAAGGAAAGCAGGCCAAGCAUUCUCCUAGGUGCAAUCAUCAACCAGAUCAAAAAAGAGACGACGAUCCGGCAUUUGGAGUGGCACAACCCAGACGAAGCGCGGGACUGGAAGGCUCUGGUACGGGUCAGUAUCGUCAGGCCUGGAAAAAUCUUGUUCACGGAGCCACUGGUCAUCAUGGUCGCACUCAUAUCCGCUUCAUCUUGGGGUAUGAUCUACCUGUUCACAGAAUCUCUCACCGUAGUCUACCUAUCUCUCGGCUUCACACAGACGCAAGCCUCGCUGCCUUUUCUAGCCAUAGCUGUUGGCGUGCUCUUUACGUUUCUCCCUCGCCUGUGGGAUAUGAAAGCUGUCCGAGAUCGUCAGCGCCAGAAAGUGCCAAUUCAACCAGAAGAUAAAAUCACGGGUUUCAGCUUCGCUGCACCGGCCCAAGCCAUCGGCCUCGCCUGGUUCGCCUGGACAAUUCCACCAGCCGCAAACAACAUACACUGGAUUGUGCCAACCUCCGCGCUCGUCCUCGUCGGAUUCGCAGUCAACGAAACGGCGCACACGCUCAGCGGGUACCUCGCUGAUUCAUACCUGCUAUACUCUGCGUCGGCAUUUUCGGGGCUUGCGGUUGUGAGGGCCAUCGCAUCGGGCUUGAUGCCGCUCAUCGCACAUGAAUUGUAUACUCGACUCAAUGCUAACAUUGCGGGGUCUGUUCUUGCGGCCCUGGCGGCUGUAUUUUGCGUUACGCCUUGGAUCUUUUUUAAGUUUAGUAAGCGACUGAGGCAGAGGAGUCCGUUUGCUCGGUUCAGCUUGGAGACGCAUUACAGGACUAACAUAGAGGAGGAUCCUUUUAUGCUUUAG